AUGAAGAUGGAUAUAAUACAAAUUCAGGAUCGUGUGAAUCACUACAAAAAUCACUUGUCAAAUGAUAACCAGGUGAUAGAGGAAGAAGAGAUGAUGGAAAGUAAAGGCUUGGAUUCAAUAACUAUCGAGGACUUGGAAGAAGCCUUAACGAAAACAAAAGACGGACAGUGCCCAGGUUCAGACGGAAUUACUGAAGUACGGAACAUCGUCGUCGGGGAAGACCUCGUCGUCGGGGAAGACAUCGUCGUCGGGGAAGACAUCGUCUGGGAAGAUAUCUUCGUUGGGGAAGACAUCUUCGUCGGGGAAGACAUCGUCGUCAGGGAAGACUUCGUCGUCGGGGAAGACAUCGUCGUCAGGGAAGACGUCGUCGUCGGGGAAGACGUCGUCGUCGGGGAAGACGUCGUCGUCGGGGAAGACGUCGUCGUCGGGGAAGACGUCGUCUCGGGGAAGACGUCGUCGUCGGAGAAGACGUCGUCUGGGAAGACAUCUUCGUCGAGGAAGACAUCGUCGUCGGGGAAGACAUCGUUGUCGGGGCACUUGGGCUGCCCAGAGCCGCUCCAGCGCUGCCGUCGUGAGCGGCUGGACUACCAGAGUGCCCCUAUUGUUGUCGCCGGCAGUCAGGUCGUGUGA